AUGUCGAGGAUUGACAAGGACGACAAGGUGUCUCUGCUUGCUGAAGACAAGGACAAGCACUACAAUGCUGAGGCUGAGAGUUCUCCAAAUAUGGUCCUGUUCUCCGUCCUCUUCUACAUGGUCACAUCUAUAGUGAUGGUCCUCGUCAACAAGGCUGUAUUAAACAACACAAAAGCACCACUAUCCUUCCUAUGGCUACAGAUCAUAACUGCUGUCUUUUUGCUCAAAGCCUCUGAGCUCAUGGGCUGGAUGAAACUGCCUCCUCUAGAUAUGAGUGUGUGUAGGAGGCUCAUGCCACUUAUCGGAGUCAAUGUUGUGGGGCUGGCUGUAAACACUAUUUGUUUGCAAGAGGUCGAUGCUUCGUUCUACCAGGUCGCAAGAGCACUAGUCCUCCCCCUUACAGUAAUCUUCACAUGGACAAUCCUCAAAAAACCCUCCUCAGGCCGUGUAAUCCUCACCUGCGGCAUAGUCUGCGCCGGCUUCCUAACAGGAACCCUAGAUCGCUCUCCAGGCGCAGUAUCCCUCUCAGGAAUCAUAUGGGGUCUCGCAUCAUCCGUAACAACAGCCUUCCAUUCUAUCGUCAUCAAAUCAUCACUCGAUGUGGUGAAAGGAUCCACCAUGGAUCUCGUAUGGUAUAACAAUAUCCUGUCGGCUGUUGGAUUGAUACCCAUUGUUGUGCUGGGUGGUGAAGUACCUACAUUGUAUGGAUUGGUGGCGGAUGCCUCUGCUGGUUCAUGGGGUAUUGGGGGCCUGGGUGAUGCGGAUGGGGAUACGGUGGGCACUAUUCCGACAGUGCAAAAGUCAUUGUCGACGCAAGGGAUUCAGGUCUUGUUGUGGGGUGGUUUUAUCACUGGUAUCUUUGGAUUCCUCAUCAACAUUGCAGGCUUCUUGCAAAUAAAAGUCACUUCACCAGUGACACACAUGAUAUCUUCAGCUGUUCGUGGAGUUGUACAAACUGCCUUAGCAGUAGUGAUAUUCGGAGAUAUAGUCACUACAGCAAGAGGAUCCGGAAUCUUUUUGAUUCUGGUGGGAUCCUCAUUAUACGCUUACGUCAAAAGUGAGGAAUCACGGACGCCACCUGCAUCUGGCCUCAAUGGCAAGAGUCAAGUGUGA